AUGUUCGGUCUCAUAGAUGGAACAGUGUUUAUGAGUGUACAGGAUGAUGAAAAAGUCUUUGUUACUCUACAGGGGCAAGCAAUUGAAUUCCAAGGCAAUCGGGUGGUUCUGCAAACUCUUGUUCCUUCAGAGAAAUCGGAAUCCUUUGCAUCUAUGUUGAGACGCUCUCCUUUAAUUCAGAUGGGACCUGCCAAAGAUAAAAUUGCCAUUGGUCGAAUAUUCCAUGUUGUAGAAGACGAUCUUUAUAUAGAUUUUGGUGGCAAGUUUCACUGUGUAUGCAAAAGACCAGAAGUAGAUGGAAAAAAAUAUCAGAGAGGAACCCGAGUACGCCUGAGACUGCUGGAUCUUGAACUCACGUCUAGGUUCCUGGGUGCAACAACUGAUACAACUUUGCUGGAAGCUGACGCAGUGCUUUUGGGGCUCGCGGAAAGCAAGCAAACAAAGCAAAAGGAAGUUAAGCAGGCUGACGCGCUCACCCUGCACGGCGGCUAUGGCGAGGCAAUCGGCCGUUUGUCAGCCUCACCGCCCGUCUGCGCUCCCCACGUCCCGUUGGCCCAAGCCCUUGUUGAGCUCCUCUCGGCUUGCUGCAAGCCAGCAGGGAUCUGGCUCUUACUGCUGGACCCGCGGAAGGGCGUUGGAGCAGGCCCGGUGCGGGCUGCCCGGCAUCAGGCGAGGGCUGAGCAGGCGUUGGCGUGUGAUGCCACCGGCUCCCGAAGGCCAGACCCGGCCGGCCGUGACUGA